CUUUUCAAAUCCCCACCUCCCCAAAAAUAAUUCAACAGAAACAGGAAAAAAUAAACUUAAACACAUUAAAAAAAAAAAACGGAAAACAUUAAGCAAUUUGAAGAGAGAAAAAAGGUUAUUCUGUUCGAGCUAAUCGAUCUAGAGAGCCGAAGUGUUCUUUAGGGAGAUAUAGAGGAGAUUGCGUAAUUAGAUAGUCGCCGGAGUUUCUUUUAACGUGGAAUCGGAGGUGGAAUUAGGUUUAAUCUCUUGUGUUUGCAAUAACAAGUAGGAAAAGAAAAGGAAAAAAAAGGCGAAGAUGGUGAAUUCUAUGGUUGAACGGGCCACGAGUGACAUGUUGAUCGGUCCAGACUGGGCUAUGAAUAUCGAGAUCUGUGAUAUGUGCAAUCACGACCCUGCACAAGCAAAGGAUGUUGUCAAGGGUAUAAAGAAGCGUAUUGGGAGUAAGAGUCCAAAGGUUCAACUUCUUGCUCUAACGCUAUUGGAGACCAUUGUAAAGAAUUGUGGGGACAUUGUCCAUAUGCAUGUUGCAGAGAGAGAUAUUUUACACGAGAUGGUGAAGAUAGUGAAAAAAAAGCCCGACUUUCAUGUCAAAGAGAAGAUUCUGACUCUUAUAGACACCUGGCAAGAAGCAUUUGGUGGAGCCCGGGCAAGAUAUCCUCAGUAUUACACUGCAUACCAGGAAUUGUUGCGUGCUGGAGCAGUCUUCCCUCAGAGAACUGAGAGGUCUGCUCCUGUAUUCACUCCUCCACAAACGCAACCUUUGUCAUCAUAUCCUCAAAAUCUGCGCAACAAUGAGUUUCGGCAAGAGGGAGCAGAGUCAUCUGCAGAAUCUGAGUUCCCAACAUUAAGCUUGACAGAAAUUCAGAAUGCACGUGGUAUCAUGGAUGUCCUUGCAGAGAUGUUAAGUGCAAUAGAUCCAGGAAACAAAGAGGGACUUAGGCAGGAGGUUAUUGUUGAUCUGGUGGAACAGUGUCGCACGUACAAGCAAAGAGUGGUACAUCUUGUCAAUUCAACUGCAGAUGAAUCGCUGCUAUGUCAGGGGCUUGCGUUGAACGAUGAUCUGCAGCGUGUAUUAGCUAAGCACGAGGCCAUUGCUUCAGGAACUUCUGGUCCAGCUGAGAAACCAAAGCCUAAGCCUGAAUCUGGUGGAGCACUACUAGAUGUUGGUCCUUUAGUUGAUGCUGGAGACAACCACAAACAGCGUGAUGAGGGAUCUGCUUCAAAUCCUGGUGUACUGAACCAACUAUUGCUCCCUGCACCUCCUGCAACUAAUGGUCCAACUGCUCGAACUUCUGCCAAUCCCAAAAUGGACCUAUUGAGUGGGGAUGACUUUAGCUCACCAAAGACCGAGACUUCACUGGCCCUUGUUCCUGUGGGAGAGCCACAGCCGGCCACUCCUCCAUCUCAGCAGAAUGCACUUGUUCUCUUUGACAUGUUUUCUGACAGUAACAACUCUCCAAAUGUUGUUAAUGUGCAGCCCACCCAUAUGUCUGGACUAACCAAUUCUUCGACUCCACAAGUCCAACAACAACAUAAUUUUCAUCCCCAAGAAGCUGGAAUUUACACAAAUGGAACUGCCCUAAACACAGGAUCUCCACGGUACGAGCAUGCGGUUUACAUGCAAUCCACUGGUCCUGCCUGGAAUGGACAGGUUGCUCAGCAGCAGCAGCCAGCCUCACCAGUUUUUGGUGCUCAAAGCAGUGGAUCGCUACCUCCACCUCCAUGGGAAGCUCAACCAGCAGAUGGCAGCCCUGUGGCAGGCUCUCAAUACUCUCCACAAAUGCAACUUACUCAGGUGGUUGUUACACACCAGCAACCAAUGUCAAGUGGCAUGUAUCCUCAGGGACCACAGCCUUCAGGGAGUGAUCAUGUCGUAGGCAUGUAUAUUCAGCCCAUCACAGGUGGCCAAUUAUCAGCAAUCCAUAACCCCGUUGUACAGAACAACCAAUUUGGUUUGCAACCUCAGGCAGUCCAAGGAGGGCAAUAUAUGGGUAUGCUCCCACAGCCAAUGCAAGCUGGGCAGAUGGCUUCUGCGUAUCCUCCACAAAUGUAUGGCAACCAAAUGGCAGGAUACGGGUAUGGUCAGCAACAAGGGACACAGUUCCUUGAGCAGCGAAUGUAUGGACUCUCUGUUAGGGAUGACAAUGGUUUGAGAAACUCAUCUUACCAGGUUUCCACUUCAUCUUAUGUACCACUCAAGAAACCUUCAAAGCCAGAAGAUAAGCUAUUUGGAGACUUGGUUGACAUUGCAAAAUUCAAGCCAACUAAAUCUACCCCUGAAAAAGCUGGUAGCAUGUGAUAUCUUUGAUUGAUUGCACUUUUUUCUUCUUUCUGCUCUUUCUGUUUCCUAACUUGCUCCUUAUCUGUUCUUUUUUCUUUUCUCUCCUUAAUUUCAAUAUAUAUAUAUAUAAUUUUUUUUU